AUUCCCUCAGGCCUGGGUUCCUGGGAGGUGAGCAGUCCUAAGGAUGUUCAGGGUGUCAGUGGCUCUUGCCUGGUCAUCCCCUGCACCUUUAGCUUCCCAAGUGGUGUGACAGCAAACCAAGGCAUCACUGCCAUCUGGUUCCGUGACUAUUCAGAUGUUAACAAAAAGGUGGUGGUAAGCCAUUCUCAAGACCCAACGCAGGUGGAGAAGAGAUUCCAAGGUCGGGCUGUGUUUCUUGGGGACCCUGAGCAACGGACCUGCAAUCUGCUUUUACGGGAGCUCAGUCCUGAUGACAAUGGACAAUAUACUUUUAGAUUUGAGAUCAUUGGGGUGGACAGCUGGUCUGCCAAGAUGGGCACUACAGUCACUGUUACUGAUGAACCCAGCAGCCCUGCCAUCGCGUCCCCUGCUGACCUUCGGGAAGGCACGGAAGUUAUCUUCAACUGUUCUACUCCCUAUGUGUGUCCUGAGGAUGGCUCCCAGAUCUCCUGGCAUGGUCAGGAUCCUGCCCACUCCAAUAUUAGCCAGCUCCAGGUACUGGAGCCCACUGGUGUCACCUACCAUCAAAGGCUCCAUGUUGCCUUAUCCUGGCGUGAUCAUGGCCGAGUGCUGAGAUGCCUGUUCUCUGUGGCAGGGAAGCAAUCCCAAGGGGAGAUCCUCCUUCAGGUGCAAUCUGCUUGGGUCCAGGUGUCACCAUCUUUGGAGGUCCGUGAAGGAGAGACAGUGUCCUUAAGCUGCAAAGUAACAGGUGGGGCCCCUGAUGGGACCACCUACAACUGGUACCGGGACAGCCGGCACCUCCCAGAACCUACUGCUUCCACGCUCCACUUUCCCUCUAUCAUGGCUGAACAGGGGGGUGCCUACCACUGUCAGGCUCGGGCCCCAGGGGGUGCCACCAGUCUCGCCUCCCCUGUCAGCCUUCAUGUAUCCUACCCCCCACGGCAGCCCACCCUCACUGCCUUGCUGGAAUUGGAGGCUGGAAGGUCGGGUCUCAUCAUAUGCCAGGUGGACAGCGACCCCCAAGCCCAGCUCAGGCUGCUGAGGGGCAGCCAGCUCCUGGCCUCCUCCCAGAGCAGGAUUGGAAUGGAUUCUUCCCAAGUGACCCGCUCCUUCAAUGUCCUCCGUGUGGAGAUCCCGGAUGUGGGGCUGGAGGACGAAGGACAGUACAUCUGUGAAGCCAGCAAUGUCCUUGGGAAUGCCACAGCUUCUGUAGCCUUCAGUGCUGAAACCGUGGUAGUCCAGGUGUUGCCUUCUCUGACUGUGCGGGAGGGCCAAGCCGUGAACCUAACUUGUGUGGUCUCAGCGGCCGACAUUUCCCAGCUCAACUACACUUGGUACCGGAAUGGACACUGGCUGGGCGGUGGCCCUGCUAUCUUCCUCCCCAAUGUUUCUGCUGCGGAUGCCACCUCUUACCGCUGUGCUGUGGACACUCACGAGGGGGUCACACGCCUCUCCUCCCCCAAGAACCUCAUCGUUCUCUACCCUCCCCGGGCCCUGCGUCUGACCUCUCUGCUGGACAGCCAGGCAGGACAGCCGGCCGUGUUGCUGUGUACGGUGGACAGCCAACCUCCAGCCACCCUGGUGUUGAGGUGGGGUGGUCAGCUCGUGGCCUCCUCUUCUCCUGGGCCAGCCAGGCUGGGGGCAUCCUCUACCCCGAAUGCCCUUCGCUUUGAGCUCCAAGAGCAGAAGGUCCUUGGCGAUGGCCUCUAUACCUGUUCUGCUAAGAACUCCCUGGGCCAGGCUAACGCAUCCUUGGACCUGCAGCUAGAGGUCACUCGAGUGUCCAUAGCCCCAUCCGGUGAGGUGCCAGAGGGCACGCCUGUCAUCCUGACGUGUGAGGACCCUGCUGCCAACCCCCCCACCAUCUACACCUGGUAUCACAAUGGCCGCUGGCUCCAGGAGGGGCUCACUCGUGUCCUCCAGCUCCCGGGCACCACCAGAGCUCCAGACGCCGGGACCUACUCCUGCAUUGCCCGAGAUGGCCGUGGUGUCCGGAGGUCCCAACCGGCUGCCCUUCGACUCCUCUAUGCCCCUAGGGAUGCGUUCCUGACUUCUUUCUUGGAUACCCGGGCUGGCCGAGUGACUGUGGUGCAGUGUACUGUGGACAGUGAACCUCCAGCAGAGCUGACUCUUUCCCGGAAUGGUGAAGUGGUGGCUUCUGGCCAGAGUCCCUUUGGGUCACUGGUGGGGAAAAGCCGAGUCCAUACUACCCAUAACACCCUCCGACUGGAACUGUGGGAUGUCAGUAUAGAGGAUGAGGGCGAUUACCUCUGUUCUGCCCAGAAUGUCUUUGGCUCCAUCACCACCACUGGACGGUUGUGGGGAGAAGGCGUUCGCAUCAUGGUGGAGCCCGGCUUGGAGGUUCACGAAGGAGACUCCCUCAAUAUGAGCUGCCUGUUGGCCGGCAGAGCCCAAGAGAACACCACCUACACUUGGUCCUGGAAUUCCCGAUGGCUGCAAGAGGGUCCUGAGCCAACACUCGUGUUUUCUCAGGUGGCCAGUGCCCAGGCUGGGGUGUACCAAUGCCGUGUGGAUGGGUCCUUGGGGAGUGCCUCUUCUGCCCCCGUCAGCCUCAGAGUGCUGUAUGCACCACGAACACCUGCAGUGACCUCUUUUCUAGAGCCAGAGACUGGUCUUUGGGGUAUUCUGCACUGUCAUGUGGAUAGUGAGCCCCGCUCUGAACUGACUCUUUCUCAUGGAGGCCAUUUCAUUGCUUCUACUCGUCCCAGAAGCCAUCAUGAUCCCCACAUUCAAGUUUUAACCUCCCACAACACCCUGCGGGUGGAUAUCCAUGAUAUGAAUUCCAAAAACCAGGGAAAGUAUGUGUGCUUAGCAUCCAAUGCUCUGGGUUCAUCUUCUUCUUCUGUGUACUUUGGAACAAAAGUUCUCCAUGACUUAAACCUGUAUCGGGUGCUCUUCAUCAUCUUUGUGGUGUUGUUUUGCUGCCUGUUCCUGCUCUUGGGUCUGGGAGCUGUCCACAUCUGGACUAGGAAAAACCUCUUCUAUAAGCUGAAUGGAAACGAGAACCCAAUGGAGAUGAGUUCCCAGAAGGAAAUAACCCAGGAGCCGUGGUUUCAUCUGUGUCCGUGCUCUGAUCACCACGAUAGUGAUGGCAAUAAGACAAGAGCAAGAAUUUAAAGACAUACAGAUUGGCAAAGAAGAGAGAAAAAAAUUAUUCUUCGAUGUGGCUUCCUUAGAAAACCCAGAAGACUAGCAAAGAAAAUCUUCACGACCUGUAAUAGUUUGGUAAAGUAGCAGGAUGCUAAAUAAAUCUGCAAGCAUGGACAGCAUUGUCACGCAACAAAAAGAGACAAAACUCAUACAUUCGAAGUUCUGUUCCCUGGGUUUCUCUAAUGCAGUUAGAUACCCCCUCCCUGCCCCAUUAUAGCCCUUUAAGAAAUCAUUACCUCAAUUGCCAACACCAGAACAAUUGCAACACCACUUGGUUUCUCUUCUUUUAGUUAUUGGUCACUCUAUUCUUAGCUAGGCUGACCAAUAGUCCUAGUCUAUCACUGAAGCAGUUCUCUUAAGUUCAUUUCAAUAAAGGCCUGCCAGGAUGAUUUCAGGAAGAGCUGGAAAGACCUACAUGAACUGAUGCAGAGUGAAAUAAGCAG